AUGGAAUUCGCACGACAAAAAGCUGAUGCUAAUGGUGAAUUUAUUCAGCAACGAUAUACAGAAUUAAGUGAUGCUAUUCGUGCUAGAAAUAAAGUUGAAGAUCGUCUUCUUAAUGUUCGUUUAAAAUUUUAUGAACGUGAAAAGAAAGUACGUUUAAAUAUAAUACAUAGCGAACAACGUCAAUUAGAACGUAUACGUACAACAUUGUAUAAAGAAACAGAGAAAAUUCAAGUUGAAAAACAAACUAUUAUAUUACCAUCAUGGAUGCUUUAUAGACCAAAAUUAGAAAAUCAAAUAUUUCAAUUAACAACACCUGAAAUUCUUGUCAACGAUUGGAAAUGGAAUUCUACUAUAGUUCAAUCAGAUACAGUUCGAUCAAAUAUAACUAAUAAUAUAGUUACGACAAUCGAUAAUACGCGUUGUCAUACGGCUUGA